AUGUUUGCUCCAGCGACGGGGUACACCUAUGUACAUCAUGGAUCUGAUGAAGAUGAGGGUCAACCGGCGAUGAGUGGAAUUGAUGGAGGGGAUGGGCAGUGUAUGGUUUGUGGAGAUAGAUCGGCUGGAAAACAUUAUGGAGUCAUGGCUUGUUAUGGUUGCAAAGGAUUUUUCCGGCGAACAAUACGAUCCAACCAAUCCUACCAAUGCAGAUUCACUCAAAAAUGCUCCAUAGAUAAAGAUCAGAGAAACGCAUGCAGAUAUUGUCGAUUUCAACGAUGCCUGAAUGUCGGAAUGGAGCCAGAUGCGAUUCGACCGGAUCGUGACGUCAUCGGAAAACAAAAAAAUCCGAGGAAGAAAAAAAUGAAGGCGGAGAACAGUAAUGAUGCAUCACUACCAUCGCCAAACGGUUGUGAUUCACCGGCACCGGCCCAGAAUUCAGAAGACGGAGGCGUUUUGAAUUUUUUGUUGGAAAUGGAAGAAGCCGUCGCGUUUGGGAAUAAUAAUCAGACAAUGCCAAUUGGAAUUGCAAUGAUGAUGAAAAGUGAUCCAGAUUUCGAUGUGUCCACAUUAUUUCAUAGUCAAUAUGUCAGAAAUCAAGAGAGCUUUCCGAUAACCUACGCAGUCGGCCGAACGGCAUCUGUCGAACAACUCAUUGCUGCUCUUCGUCGAUAUGUAGUUUCUGCUGUUCAAUGGAUUGAUGGGCUGUUCAAUUUCUGUGGUCUCCAUGAUAUGCUUCAUGAUAAAACAGUCCUAUUGAAAUCCGUUAUUGGACCAUUCACAAUUUUCAAUAUUGCCGCGAGAACUGCACAAAUAUCAUUGGAAGGAGAUUUGAUUUGUCUUUGCAACAAAAGUACAAUUGGGCGACAGCCAGCAAGACAUUUAUUGGAUACUAAUUUGGUGGGAAACAACUUCGUCGGUCGUGUUCUUGAUGAUUUAGUGGCUCCAACAAAGAAGCUGAGCCUCACGAAUCCAGAAAUCUCAAUUCUAUCAGCUCUAAUUAUUCUGGAUCCGGAUGCACGUGGGCUCUCUGCAGAUGCUUCUCGUGCUCUUUUAGGUGUCAGAAAUCGCGUUCAAAAUGCACUUUUUAAUCUCAUCCGGGACAACUCAUCGAGCAUUGCAAAUGUCACCAGUAGAUUUGGGAAUCUUCUUCUCCUGUUUCCACCAUUGGCGAAAUUGAGCUCUUUAAUUGGCGAAAAUGUGCAGCUGGCCAAAAUGUUCGGAAUUCCAAUCGACUCUUUGCUAGUAGAACUUUAUGUGGACGCUGAUUCGCCGGAGCUCAUCUCUCAAAAUCAACACAUCCGCGAACGAAUGGACGUCUCCACCCAAACCGCAGUCGCAGAGGGAGAAUCAGCAGUAAUGACACCCGAUGUUCUAUCCGCCCACAUCAAAGAAGAAGUUCAGAAUGAGUCAUCCCCGUCGAGUUCCGAAGAGCCAAUGUGCAUUGGAGCACCAGCACUCACACCAACCGUCGCUGCAAUCGCUGCCAAUCCAGUCGCUGACAUUCUCUCGGGACUUCUCCCAACUUUCGACACCACUGGACUCGAUCUUGCUGCUGCCACCGCCAACUACACUUCAUUCUAUCAAUUUACAAAUCUGGGAGGAUCGUUGGAUGAUUCUUCAUCAUCUGGAUCUUCUGGAUCCGUUGGAAGCUUCACUCCACAUUCGGCACCACCACUUUCCAACAAUGUUAACCCAUUUUUGACACAUGGAUUCUUUGAUAAUAGUGCCCCAAACACCGGAGUGGUUCAUAAUCAACCAUUUCGAUUUGUGUAG